GCCUUCCACACUACAGUCCUUUCUCAAGACCUUUCUGGGUUCAUUUGCUUUCCAGCCCAAUGGUUUUCUUCUUAUUGGACAAAUCCCUCUUUUGUAUACCAAGCCUGGCUUAGGCAAGUACCUGAGAUCAGUAAACACCUUCAGUGCCCUUUAGUUGACUCCCUUCUGACCAUGGAACAACAUCAGCCUGAGCAUCGGGUUCCUGGUAAGGCCAGGAUUGCAGAAACAGUCACCCUUGAAAACCAUGAGGUCCUAUCGGGACCAGAUGAACACCCUCAGGACAAGGACACAAGAGAUACUAACGGGGCAACAGGAGAACAGGAGCCAGCAGGCCAAGCUCUGCUGUCUGCCCAGGAUGGGGAUAACGUUGAGUCCCCUCCACUUGAAACUAGCUCAGGUCUGCCAGCUCCAGCCCAUGAGACAUCACCUGAGACAGAGACUGUAGGGGUGUGUUCUACACCCCAGGAGCUUCCUCAGUCCCCCAGGACCCGACAGCCUGAGCUAGAUUUCUACUGUGUAAAGUGGAUUCCCUGGAAGGGAGAACGAACACCCAUCAUCACCCAGAGCGCUAACGGCCCUUGCCCUCUCCUUGCCAUCAUGAACAUCCUCUUUCUUCAGUGGAAGGUGAAGCUGCCUCCUCAAAAGGAAGUGAUCACAUCGGAUGAGCUCAUGGCCCAUCUUGGAAACUGCCUUCUGUCCAUCAAGCCUCAAGAGAAGUCAGAGGGACUUCAGCUGAAUUUUCAGCAGAAUGUGGAUGAUGCAAUGACAGUGCUGCCUAAACUGGCCACAGGUCUGGACGUCAAUGUGCGAUUCACAGGAGUCUCUGAUUUUGAGUAUACACCGGAGUGCAGCGUCUUCGACCUACUCGGCAUACCUCUGUACCAUGGCUGGCUUGUUGAUCCACAGAGUCCUGAGGCUGUGAGUGCAGUUGGGAAAUUGAGUUACAACCAGCUGGUAGAGAAGAUCAUCACCUGCAAACACUCCAGUGACACCAACCUCGUGACAGAAGGCCUGAUCGCAGAGCAGUUCCUGGAGAACACAGCAGCCCAGCUGACUUACCACGGACUGUGUGAGCUGACAGCAGCUGCCAAGGAGGGUGAACUUAGCGUCUUUUUCCGAAACAACCACUUUAGCACUAUGAUUAAGCACAAGAGUCACUUGUACCUGCUGGUCACCGACCAGGGCUUUCUACAGGAGGAGCAAGUAGUAUGGGAGAGCCUGCACAACGUGGACGGAGAUAGCUGCUUUUGUGACUGUGAUUUUCACCUAAGUCAUUCCCUGGGCAAGGGUCCCGGAGCAGAAGGUGGGAGUGGCUCCCCAGAAAAGCAGUUGCAGGUAGACCAGGACUACCUGAUUGCUCUGUCCCUGCAGCAGCAACAGCAGCCACAAGGCACGUUGGGUCUUAGCGACUUGGAGCUGGCCCAGCAACUUCAGCAAGAGGAGUAUGAACAGCAGCAAGCAGUCCAGCCUGUGCAGACACGGGCUCCACCGCCACAGGGGAGAGGAGCCACAUCUGGACGCCCAGCCGGGGAGCGUCGGCUGAGGCCCAAGCACGAGUCAGACUGUGUUCUGCUGUAGCACUGCCCCAAUGCCAGGCUGACCGGCCCCUUCUUUCAGAGGCUAUGGCUGGCUUGCUUGCUUCCCCACCUCAACCCCUGAGAUGUGCAGGGUGACUUAUUUAUGGACCGUUAGGGAUCACAGCAGGCAAUAAACGCCAAGGUCAGACUCCGUAAUGUCCUUGCCCUCACGUGCUGCUGCCUUUCUUCUUCCCAUCCAGGGCAACACUGAGAUUAGUGGGGUGAAGAUUUCUGUUCCCAAUUCCCUUUCUCAGAAUAGUCACAUGAAUAUACAGCCUCAGGCUCCAGGGUGAGAUCCCUGUCUGGAAUGUGUCUCCCCUCCUUCCUAUCUCUGACUGUCUGGGUGCCCCUGACUACCCAGCAGGCCUGUCUCCAUUUGUUUCAGGGCUUGAUUUGGGUUUCUAUCUCCAUUAUUUGUAAUGCCUUCCUAAGGUUUGGAAAUAAAACUUCUUUCCUGAGA